AAAUAAUAUUCCAGCAAGUAAUAUAAUGAUGGGGAAAACUUGUUGUUGCAUUCUUGCAUGUAUAGUCUUAUUCCAAAUGUCUUAUUAUUGCCUAGCCAUAAAUUAUUCAACUACCCUCGAAACCGAUAAAUCAGCUCUUCUUGCCCUGAAAUCUCAUAUCACUUCGGAUCCUGAAAGCACACUUGCCAAAAGUUGGACGAAUUCGAGCUCUGUCUGCAGCUGGAUUGGCGUCACUUGCGGUUUGCGCCACGAUCGAGUAACUGCGGUGAACAUUUCAGACAUGAGUCUCUCGGGCACAAUUCCACCACAACUAGGAAAUCUCUCGUUCCUUGUUUCACUCGAUUUUAGUUACAACCUUUUCAGUGGUGUCCUGCCACAACAAUUAUCUCUUCUACGCAGAUUGAAGUUUAUUUCUCUCGAAGUAAACAUCCUGAGUGGAGAGAUACCAUCGUGGUUAGGCUAUUUACCUAAACUCGAGCAUCUAUCUCUAUGGAAUAACAGCUUUACCGGUUUCAUUCCAAGUUCCGUCUCUAAUCUGACAAAUCUACAGUUUCUUGAUUUUUCUUUAAAUUCUCUUAAAGGAAAUAUUCCGCAGGAACUGGGUAGGCUUCACAAUCUGCAGACUUUAUUCAUGGAAUUCAAUCACCUCUCGGGUCCUAUACCGUCAUCCAUAUUUAACCUGUCGGCCUUAAAAGCUAUAUCUUUCACAGAAAAUGAAUUGAGUGGCAGCCUUCCAAGUGACUUGUGCAGUCAUCUUCCACUCCUUGAACGAAUUUACCUAUCGGAAAAUCAAUUGAGUGGCGAAAUUCCAUCAAAUCUAUCCGAAUGUUCACAACUUCAAAUUGUCGGACUGUCUUACAACGCCUUCAGUGGACAAAUACCAAGAGAAAUUGACAAUUUAAAAUAUCUCCAGAUGUUAUAUCUUGGGGGUAACAACUUAAGUGGUGUUAUCCCGUCCGAGAUUGGCAAUCUUCAAAACCUAGCUCAAUUAGCCAUUGAACGAAACCAGAUUAGUGGCACAAUUCCCCUCACUAUCUUCAAUAUUUCUUCUCUCCAAGGUUUAAACCUACAUCAAAAUAAACUGUCUGGAAGCCUCCCUAAAGAUAUCGGAAAUCUUACAAAGCUCAACCAAUUGGCCAUCUCGUACAACAACUUAACAGGUAGUUUACCGCGAGAAAUUGGCAAAUUGUACCAACUUGAUACAUUAAUAUUAGGCUCUAACAACUUCACUGGUUUUAUUCCAUCGGAGAUCUUUAAUAUGUCAAAUCUUCGAAUCCUUUCACUUUCAGCUAAUAGUCUGCCAGUCAGUCUUCCAACUAAUUUCGGUCACGGGUUACCUGCUCUUGAAGAACUUUACCUCAGAGGAAAUGGCCUCAGUGGAUCAAUACCUUAUUCGAUCACUAACUGUUCCAAACUCAGAGUUAUCGAACUCAGUGAUAACUUUUUCACUGGUUUUGUACCUCAUUUUCUCGGUAACCUAAGAAUGCUUGAACGUCUACACCUGUUAAACAGCAAUCUAAGGACCGAAUCAACUUCUUCAGAAUUGAGCUUCAUAACUUCUUUGACUAAUUGCCGAUCUUUGAUUGUGCUCAGAAUUGCUGAUAAUCCUCUAGAGGGCAUCAUUCCAGCUUCCGUUGGGAAUUUAUCUACCUCCCUCCAAGCAUUCGAUGCCUCCAAUUGUAAAAUUAAGGGUAUCAUCCCUUUAGAAAUCGGCAAUGUAAGCAGCCUCGUUACACUUUCUUUAUCCGAAAACGAGUUGUCCGGUAACAUUCCACCUACUGUUAGCCAUUUGCAAAACUUUCAAGGACUAUAUCUAAAGAGCAACAAUCUGAUAGGUUCCAUUCCGGAGGGUUUUUGUGAUCUACAUAGCCUGGUUGAACUAUCUUUAAGUCGUAAUAAAUUUUCCGGUCGAAUACCGAAAUGUUUAGGAAAUAUCACAUCUCUGAGAAGUCUCAUUCUAGAUUCCAACAUGUUGACUUCAAGCAUACCAUCAAGCGUGUGGCGCCUCACAGAUCUGCUGGAGCUAAGCUUAUCCUCGAAUUCCUUGACCGGAUUUAUAUCUCCGGAAAUAGGUAAUUUAGUGUCAGCAAACUAUAUCGAUCUAUCAAUGAACCACUUGUCGGAUUCUAUUCCAAGCACAAUUGGAAAUUUAAUAUCUUUGAGUGGUAUGUCUUUGGCACAUAAUCUACUGGAAGGUUCUAUUCCCGAGUCCGUAGGAAAGAUGAUCAGUUUGGAAAGUAUAGACUUGUCUUACAAUAACCUCUCUGGUUCAAUUCCAAAGUCUUUGGAAAAACUUCAAUACCUUGACUACUUUAAUGUCUCUUUCAAUGCUCUGAGAGGAGAAAUUCCCACUGGUGGUCCUUUCGUUAACUUCACUAUCGAGUCUUUUAAGGGUAAUGAGGCAUUAUGUGGAAUCCCAAGGUUCAAUCUUCCACUUUGCAAUCAUAAUGUUUCCAAACACAAGUCAAAGAUGAAAAGGGUGCGAUUAGCUUUAUUUAUUCUUGUUGGAGUUGUUGUUUUGGUCUCGCUUAUCUCUUUGGCCUUCAUUUUCGUAAGAUACAGAAGAAAAAAUAAGGCAGUCAAUGAAAUUGAUGGGCUGGGAAUUCCCACUGUACCAGAAAGAAUUUCGUAUUACGAACUCCUACAAGCAACUGAACAAUUCAGUGAGACGAAUUUACUCGGCAUGGGGAGUUUUGGUUCUGUGUACAAAGCCGUACUAAGAGAUGGGAAGAUUUUGGCUGUCAAGGUCUUCAAUUCGCUAUCAGAAGCUUCUUCUAAGAGCUUUGAAGUCGAAUGUGAGGUACUACGAAACAUCCGCCACAGAAAUCUCACCAAAGUCAUGAGCAGUUGCUCUAACGAGGAUUUCAAGGCACUGGUACUUGAAUACAUGCCAAAUGGAAACCUCGACAAAUGGCUAUAUGCACACAACUAUUGCUUGGAUCUAAUGCAAAGAUUGAACAUAAUGAUUGAUGUUGCAUGUGCGUUGGAAUAUCUUCACCAUGGCUAUUCAACUCUCAUUGUUCAUUGUGAUUUGAAGCCAAGCAACGUGUUGUUGGAUGAAGAAAUGGUUGCCCAUGUGAGUGAUUUUGGGAUAGCGAAAUUGUUGGGCGAAGGAGAGAGCACCGUGCACACCGACACCUUAGCAACAAUGGGUUACAUUGCACCAGAGUAUGGUUUGGAAGGGCUAGUUUCGACAAGGUGUGAUGUUUAUAGCUAUGGAGUGAUGGUGAUGGAAACGUUUACGAGAAAAAGGCCGAGCGAUGAUAUGUUCGGCGGAGAUUUAACCUUAAAGAGUUGGGUUCAAAGGUCACUUAACAACAAGUCAUCAAGUGAAGUUAUAGAUGCCAAUUUAUUGAAUACGGAAAACGAACAAGCCUUUGAGAAAAACGUGCAAUGUGUGUCGUUAGUACUGAAGUUGGCUUUAAGGUGUUGUGCAGAAUCUUCUGGUGAUAGAAUAAACAUGAAAGAAGCUCUAAUUGAGUUGCAGAAAAUCAAGGUCGGUUUCCCCGCCGGGAUUAAACCUGAAACAGAGUUGUUCUUCUCCAAAGCUGCAGUCUUGGAAACCAUAGCAGCAUCAUCCAUUCCAAUUUCUGUUCAAACCGGCGCCGGAGGUUCAAUUGCUAAUGUCGACGGAGUCAUGGAGAAAACAUGUUAUUGCACUCUUGCUGCAUAUACAUUCCUACUAAUGAUUCUUUGCCAAAUGCCCUCUCUUGCCUUAACCUCUACAAAUAGCCUUAGCCUCUUCACAGAUCAAUCUGCUCUUCUUGUCCUAAAAUCUCACAUCACUUUGGACCCUUAUCAUAUUAUUACAACCAACUGGACCAACUCGAGCUCUGUCUGUAGCUGGAUCGGCAUCACUUGCGGUUUGCGCCAUAAUCGAGUAACUGCGGUGAAUAUUUCAGAUAUGGGCCUUUCAGGCACAAUUCCACCACAACUAGGAAACCUUUCCUUCCUCGUUUUACUCGAUCUUAGUUUCAACCUUUUCGGUGGUGUUCUGCCACAACAGUUGUCUUUCUUACACAGAUUGAAGUUUAUUUCUUUCGAAGCAAACACCUUGAGUGGAGAGAUUCCACAGUGGUUGGGUCUUUUAACUAAACUCGAGUAUUUGUCUCUACGGAAUAACAGCUUUACCGGUUCCAUCCCGAGUUCUCUCUCUAAUCUAACAAAUCUACGGGUUCUUAGUUUUGCUUACAAUCGUCUCUCGGGUCAAAUACCAACAGCCAUAUUCAACAUAUCAACCCUGGAGGGUAUAUCUUUCAAAGGAAAUGAGUUGAGUGGUAGCCUUCCAAGUGACUUUUGCAGUAAACUUCCACUUGUUCAAGGAAUUUACCUAUCUCGUAAUAAAUUGAGUGGCGAAAUCCCGUCAAGUCUGUCAGAAUGUUCGCAACUUCGAUAUAUAUCACUGUCUUACAACUCAUUUAGUGGGCAGAUACCAAAAGCAAUUGGCAAGUUAAAAUUUCUUCGCAUUUUACAUCUCGGGCGCAACAACUUAAAUGGUGUUAUCCCGUCCGAGAUUGGCAAUCUUCAUAACCUGGAUGAAUUAGCCAUUGAACUAAACCAAAUUAGUGGCACAAUUCCACUCAGUAUCUUCAAUAUUUCUUCUCUCCAACUUUUACGACUACAUCGCAAUCAACUGUCUGGAAACCUCCCAAAAGAAAUCGGGAAUCUUACAAAGCUCAAACGCUUGGGACUCACAGAGAACAAGUUAACAGGUGUUUUACCGCGUGAAAUUGGGAAAAUUUACCAAUUGAAUACAUUAAAAUUAAACACUAACAGCUUCACUGGUUUUAUCCCAUUGGAACUCUUUAACAUGUCAAAUCUUCGAAUUCUUGAUCUUUUAGCUAAUAGUCUGUCAGGCAGUCUUCCAACUAAUUUGGAUCACGGGUUACCCUCUCUUGAAGAACUUUACCUCGCAGAAAAUGACCUCAGUGGAUCAAUACCUGAUUCGAUCACUAACUGUUCCAAACUCAGAAUUCUUGAACUCGGUGAUAACAACUUCACUGGUUUUGUACCUCAUUUUCUCGGUAACCUAAGAAUGCUUGAAUUUCUAUCCAUGUAUAACAACAAUCUAAGAACCGAAUCAACUUCUUCAGAGUUGAGCUUCAUAACUUCCUUGGCAAAUUGCAGAUCAUUAAUUACACUCAGAAUUGCUAAUAAUCCUCUAGAUGGCAUCAUUCCGGCUUCCAUUGGGAAUUUAUCAAUCUCCUUGCAAGAAAUAAUGGCCUUCAAUUGUCAAAUUAAGGGUAUUAUCCCUCCAGAAAUCGGCAAUUUAAGCAACCUAGUGAAAUUUUCUUUAAACGGGAACGAGUUGUUCGGUAAUAUUCCACCUACUGUCAACCAUUUGCAUAAGCUUCAAGGAUUAUAUUUAAGUAACAGCAAUAUGAGAGGUUCCAUUCCAGAGGGUCUUUGUGAUUUACACAACUUGGAUAGUUUAUUUUUAAGCCGUAACAAAUUUUCCGGCCAAAUACCGGAGUGUUUAGAAAAUAUCACAUCUUUAAGAUAUCUCUAUCUAGAUUCCAACAUGUUAAAUUUAAGCAUCCCAUCAAGCAUGUGGCGCCUCACAGAUUUGUUGCACCUAGACUUGUCCUCAAAUUUUUUGAGUGGAAUUAUACCUCUAGAAAUAGGUAAUUUAGUGUCAGCAACCCGGAUCAAUCUAUCAAUGAACCAGUUGUCAGAGUCUAUUCCAAGCACAGUCGGAAAUUUAAUAUCUUUGACGAACUUGUAUUUGGCACAUAAUCGAUUGGAAGGUUCUAUUCCCGAGUCAAUGGGGAGCAUGAUAAGUUUAGAAGUUGUAGACUUGUCUAACAAUAACCUCUCUGGUUCGAUCCCAAAGUCGUUGGAGACACUUAAAUAUCUCGUCUACUUUAAUGUCUCUUUCAAUGGUUUGAGAGGUGAAAUUCCCAACGGUGGUCCUUUCACAAACCUCACUAUGGAGUCUUUUAAGGGCAAUGAGGCAUUGUGUGGUGUUCCAAGGUUCAAUGUACCUCUUUGUCGUAAUGCUUCCAAUCACGGGCCAAGGAUGAAAAUUGCACAUUUUGCUUUAUUUAUUAUUUCCGGGAUUGUUGCAUUCAUCUCGCUCGUCUCUUUGGCAUUCGUCAUCUUGAUUAGAUAUAGAAGAAAAGAUAAAGCAGCCAAUGGAAAUGACGGGCUAUUGUCUACUGUACCAGAAAGAAUUUCCUAUUAUGAACUCCUACGAUCAACCGAACACUUCAGCGAGACGAAUUUACUAGGCCGUGGGGGGUUCGGUUCUGUUUACAAAGGUGUUCUAAAAGAUGGGAAAUUUUUAGCUGUGAAGGUGUUCAAUUCACUUUCGGAAACUGCUUCGAAGAGCUUUGAUGUCGAAUGUGAGAUACUACGCAACGUCCGUCACAGAAAUCUCAUCAAAGUCAUUAGCAGUUGCUCAAACGAGGAUUUCAAUGCAUUGGUACUUGAAUACAUGCCGAAUGGAAACCUCGACCAAUGGCUAUAUUCCCACAACUACUGCUUGGAUAUAUUGCAAAGAUUGAAUUUAAUGAUUGAUGUUGCAUGUGCCUUGGAAUAUCUCCAUCAUGGCUAUUCGACACGAAUUGUUCAUUGCGAUUUGAAGCCAAUUAAUGUGUUGUUAGAUGAAGACAUGGUUGCUCAUGUGAGUGAUUUCGGGAUAGCAAAAUUGAUGGGCGAAGGUGAGAGCACUAUGCACACCAUCACCCUAGCAACAAUGGGUUACAUUGCACCAGAGUAUGGUUUGGAAGGGCUAGUUUCUACAAGGUGUGAUGUUUAUAGCUAUGGAGUGAUGGUGAUGGAAACUUUUACUAGAAAAAGGCCAAGCGAUGAAAUGUUCGGCGGAGAUUUAACUUUAAAGAGUUGGGUUCAAAGCUCAGUUAAUAACGAGUCAUCAAGUGAGGUAAUAGAUGCCAAUAUAUUGAAUACGGAAAACGAACAAGCCUUUGAGAAAAACGUGCAAUGCGCGUCAUCAAUACUGGAGUUGGCUUUGAAGUGUUGUGCGGAAUCUUCUGGUGAUAGAAUAAACAUGAAAGAAGCUCUAACGGAGCUGCAGAAGAUCAAAGUUCGAUAUUUCCGCCGAGGUUCGAUCUGAAACCCCAAGUACCACUGAUGCUGUUAAUUAUGUCCUGAUACAGCUUCUACAAUGUUAAUUAAGGAUUUAUCUACAAUAAACUGUGUAAUAAUGAAGGGAAGAAUAAUUCUGGAUGCAUGUUAAGCACUUGUUUGUUUGGUAGUAUAUAUUUCAAUUUGAAUAAGUUUUUGUAAUGCGAUAUGAUGAUGGUUUCUAGAUAACAAAUUGGAAAUCCAAAUUGAAUUUCACUU